AUGACAGACUACUACAAUAAGCUUUCCCAGAUUUCUGAGGCUUCUUAUAACCCCGACGUCAAGGCUUGGCGUUUCAGAGUCAAAGUACACAGGGUCUACCCUCUCUAUUCCUCGGUUACCAACAGGGUUAUGCCUUUCUAUUCCUAUGUCCUAGUAGAUGAAGAUGGGUGCAAGAUGGAGAUGACCGUUUAUGGGGAUUAUGAAAGUUUUAGAGGCCUCGAAAACAAGGAGGGAGAAUGGGUGGAAAUCUUUCGGGUAGGAGUUGAACGUUCCUAUGUAGGUUUCAAUGCAACUAACUCUCGGUUCAGACUAACUGCUUCGCCACUCACACAAGUCCGCAUGAUCGAUCCUCUGAACAAUCGGCUUUUCAUGGACUUCAAGAACAUCCAUGCAAUCCCUCACAUGUCCCACAGGGAACGAAACUAUCCCAUAGAUACAAUUGGAGUGGUCUUCAAUACGGAAGCCCGUUUCGAUGACCCUGCAAGACCAACGGUGAUUUUUUACAUAAGGGACAACAUUGACAUUCAGAUUAAAUGUGUGGCAACUGGCAAGCAGGCCUAUGUCUUCCGGGAUGGUCUUGAAAAUGUGGAAGGUAGACAAGUGAUUGUGACCCUUAAGAUGUGGAAUUGGACUAAAACGUUUACUAAAAUCAUUUACAUUAAUACAUAUUUAUUUGAUCCUCCUGAUCUAUGGCUUGAGACCGAAGGUGGACUUUCAGACUUCAGGUUCAAUCCGCGUUUGACCGAGGUUGAGGACUUCAGGCAGUCUCUACUAAACAGCGACCCUUAUGUUCAAAAAUAUGGGAUUGAAGGUCUUGUGUAA